AUGGCAUCCGGCCAAGCCCCCAGGUCCUCCGCACCAUCCUCGAACAUCAACUCCCCCGUUAUCCCUCCCAACAAUGGCCCUUUCCUGAACGGCGCAUUAUCGGAUUUGAAUUCGCGAUCCUCACCGGCACCAGCAAUCCAUCUUUCUGCACAGGGGGACAAUGCUCGCGCAAAGCGGAACAAGCGUGAUAGUCGCAAGAAGCGCGAAGCUAAAGGCUUGGAUAUCGAAAAUGCGCCUCCUCCCAAAAAGCGUGCAACCGCCGCAAGCACCGCCAUUCCCAGCUCGGAAUUGUCAAUGCUUCGCCCAUUGCUUCUCGCUGAACCCUUCGAAAUGGAUAAAUUUCCUCCGCGCCCGCGCCAAAUGAAUCAGGUCUGCAGGAAAUCUUCUAGCGUGCUAGGCCAAAGCUGGGAUUUCUAUGAGGUGAUUGAUAAACUCACCAAUAAGAAUGGGUUCCGGUAUAGCUAUGCCAUCGCCGACCAAGGCUUUCCGCAUAUUAAGUACCGGCAAACUGACGUGAGACCUUAUCAUGCCCGGGCCAUGACUACCAACGAUGCGUGGCACACGGCUCGAGCAAAUGUCUGCGCUCGAGAGGGCUCAUAUUAUUACGAGGCACGAAUAAUCAGCGGUGUGACUCCCCAAGGCGCUUCGCAGAAUGGGUCCAGCACUCCAUCCCGUGGCCAUGUCAGACUUGGGUUCGCACGUCGCGAGGCAGACUCCGAUGUCAACGUCGGUGUCGACUGCUACGGGUAUGGAAUCCGUGAUGUUAACGGCGAAGUCGUCAACCGCAUGCGGUGCGAGUUCUUUUUCCCAAAAGGCGAAUCUAUUAACGAGGGCGAUGUAAUUGGCAUGCUGAUUACCCUUCCGCCUUUAGCCAUCCACACAAAGAUAGUCCAGGGCACCUACGAUCCCGCUAUAGAUGGCGAUGGCACAGAUCCUGCAUCCCGGAUUCCCACUGCUACCAACAUCAUCCGAGAUCGCAUUCCUUUUCACUCCAAGUCCGAUGAUUUUUGUUGGCAAGUAUCUAACGUUUUCUCUACCAAACAUCUCCGCGACUACGCUUUCAAUCUGAAAGAAACUCCCACAUUCGGCCCCCCUUCUCCGUACAACAGUGAAGACCCGUCCUUACGCACAUUGCCUGGAUCUAGCAUUACUAUCUUCAAGAAUGGUGUCAAGAUGGGCACACCCUUCAAAGAGCUCUAUGCUUUCCUUCCGCCGGCGAGUCGGCUUGCUAAUGGCACAAACAAUCUCGGGAUCGGAGAGCGUGAGAAUGCCGACGACGGCAUGAUCGGUUACUAUCCAGCCGUAAGCUGCUACGGCGGCGGUGCAGUCGAGUGCCGCUUUGAAGGGCCGUGGUGGGUUGGCCCGCCUGACAGCACCGAAACGGGCGAGCCGAUCCUACCAAUCGGUGAUCGCUUCAAUGAUCAGAUCGUCGAGGACGUGGUCGCCGAUAUCGUGGAUGAGGUUGAGGCCAUGUUUACAUGGGGCGGAAUUGAUGGCGACGUGAUCGGCGGCGGGAUGGAUGGUGCAGUCGGGGGCUCUGAGGUGUUAAAAGGAGGCGUCGGUGCUGCCCUGGAUUCCGCAGUCUCGGGCCCCGGGGUCUCUGAAUCUGCCGCCAACAGUAACCAGGCAACCCCAGCUGCCACAGGAAAUCUAGCGCUAGAUGAUACCAUGAGUGUCGGGACUGCUGGUACCCCUCUUCCUGCAGCGGAUGUCCCGGCUGUCGGGGCUGAUGAAGAUGUUGAGAUGACUUGA